GCUUACCUGGGUUAUUGGAGUCAAUUGCUGCUUUGUCAAAUCAAGUUUGUGUCUGGUCGUUUUAUUCUACAGCUUGAACGACGUCCCAUGACAUUAAUGACAGCCACGUCAGUGACGUUUAUUUUGAGGUUAUAUUGUUGUUUUUAUUUUGCAAUUUUCUUGAUGUCCGAAAUAAUGUCCAAAAACUACAGAAAAAUAUUCGUGACCGUUGGCACAACACGAUUCGAUAAUUUAUGCGAGACCAUCAAUAAGGACUACACUCUCGAAGUAUUAAAACGAUUGGGAUGCAAAGAAGUAACCAUGCAGAUCGGUUCUAGCGAUUUAAAAACAGGCGAAUACGUAAAAUGCGGGAUACGUUUGCAGUUAUACAAAUAUAAAGAUUCCUUAGACGAGGACAUAAAAAACGCAGACCUAGUUAUAAGUCACGCCGGGGCAGGCACGUGCUUAGAAGUUUUAGAAUCCAACAAACCGCUUCUAGUCGUCGUGAAUGAGGACUUGAUGGAUAAUCAUCAACUGGAGCUUGCGGAGCAGCUGCAGGUCGACGGGCAUUUGUAUUAUUGCACGUGUGACACGCUGGAAAACACUUUGCAAGAAGUUGAUUUUAGUUUACUCAGACCAUUUCCUAAGCCUGAUGCUUCAUUGUUUGUUAAAUUCCUAGAUGACGUGUUCAAGGUUAAGCAACCUUUAUGCCAUAAAUAGUAUAUGCAUAUAAAAAAACUAAUCUUCAAAGGAUUUGGAACCUAUGAUUUAUAUUAUUACAUUUUAUUG